AUGACCGGCCAUUGCCUAUUUUGUCGUGCAUGUUUUGUCUUUGUUGUUGAUCAGGGUGUGGCGGCGACUUACGCCAACUACGGGGGCCUGGUGGCCAGGCGUCCGCUACCCCUCUUCCUCCUCGGGCUUGUGCUGGCUACCGUCGCGUGCGUGGGCCUGAUCAACCUGCAGACCACCAAUGACGUGCUCUCAAUCUGGAUGUACAGGGGGACCAGGCUCGACGGCGAGAAAGAGUUUUACGAAACCUACUUCGGCGGGGACACUCGGGCAGAAAACGUGAUGAUUUCCGCGGAUGACGGCGGGAACGCCGCCACCCUUCUUGGGUUGCAGGCCAUGCAGGAGGCGGUCUCGUCGCUCAUCCCGGGGGGCGACAGUGAGAUCACGUACGAGCGCAGCGGGGAGACCUACGGGGUGGCCGACACCUGCCAGUCGGCCACCGUCCCGUCCUACUUCAGGCCCUACAACAACACGGCCGAGUCGCCCUUCGACUGGGCGUUGACUGGGGCCUUCAUGUCCUACGGCUACCGGGAGGUGUACCUCUGUGCCAAGGAAGGGGUGGGUCCAAUUCCUCUGCCCGCGGAAGACCUCCCCGCAGGGUGGGGGAUCGAUAGGUUCCCGUGCUCGAGGCUGUCCCCGCUCGACUGCUUCCAGGAGGGAGGUUACGACUACCCCGAGGCGUUGCAGCAGCUGGACCUGGUGUCGACGUUCGUGCGCUUCAACAACGAAACCGUCACCGCCGAGUGCGUCCAAGACUUCGGCGACGUCGUCUCGGCGCUCCAAGUGUUCAAUGGCGGGACGGAGGAAGAGGCGGCGGCGGCCAGCGCGGCGGCCACUGCACAGCUCACCCUUGUCAUCGACGCGUUCUUCAGCUGGGGGUACCACUGGCGCCUCCCCUACACGGAGAUGACGGAGGACGAGAUCGUCGCCCACCUUCAGGCGGCCAGGGAAUUCACCUCCUCCGACGCCGACCCCACCGACUGCAUCGCCACCGCGGUCGCGGGGGGGAGCCCGGCGUGCUGCCUGAGCUGGGCGGCUACGAAGCUGGAGACCGACCUCAUCUUCGCCGGGGUGGACGACAGCGAUGGGUCCAUCAAGUACCUCAUGACAACCCAGGCAAACUUCCCCAUCAACCACCCGGCGUGGAUCAGCACGAUGGAAGCCAGAGGGGUCACGACCGAGGAGGGCAGAGAGGCAAUUGCCCUGGGGUGGGAGGCCGCGAUGGUCGACGACAUGACACCACGGUUCGAGGAAGAGACCGGGAGCGGCUUUGGCGAGGGGGAGACGUUUGAGGACGUCGACCUCGACUUCUUCGCCAAGAGGAGCGGCGACGACAUCAUCGAGAACGGCAACACCCCGGAGCCCUACCUGAUCAUCAUCGCCUACCUGGGCAUGGUUAUCUUCGCGGCCGUCUCCAUGGGCUCGUGGAAGUUUUCGGAGCCCAAGUCGGUCGCGCUGUACUCGCGGGUGUUGCUGUCCCUGGGAGGCAUGUUCGUGGUGGCGCUGUCGACGGCGGCGUGCCUGGGCUUCAUCAGCGCCCUCAGCAUCCCGCUGACCCCGCUGUCGGUCUCCGUCGUGCCGUUCCUCUCCCUGGGCAUCGGCAUCGACGACAUGAUCAUUUUCAUCUACACGCUCGUGCACACCACGGACUCCCCCGGAGACCCCCGGAGGCGUCUCGUCACCACCCUCGUACACGCCGGUCCCUCGGUGACUGUCACGUCCAUCGCCGUGGCCAGCUGCUUCCUGGUCGCCUCCGCGGUGAACAUCCUCACCGUGCGGUACUUCGCCCUCCACAUGGGCUUCCAGAUGCUGUUCCACCUCGUCCUCCUGCACCUCAUGCUGCUGCCAUUGAUGUACUGGGACUCGAUCAGGGUGGCGGCUAACAGGUCGGACAUGUUCUUGAUCAAGCUAAGCCCGGAGGGCAUCCUGCCUGAGGCCGAGUUCGCGUGCGCCAACAACACCCAGCGGUUUGUGGAGAAGUUCUAUGCGCCGCUGGUGCGCAACAAGAUCUUCAAGACCCUCGUCAUCGUCAUCGCCAUCGCCAUGACGGCCGCCCUCGCCUGGCUCGGGUUCAGCGAGAUCAAGCUCGGGGUGGGGCUGAACACGCUCGCCGUGGAAGGGUCGUACCAGAACAGCUUCCUCUCCGUCUUCGAGACAGAGUUCGAUGCAUCCUCCGUCAUGCUCGUGACGAAGGAGGUUGACUUCGGCACUUACCAGGAGACGCUUCUCGAGAUGCAAGAUGUUGUUCAGGACGUCGAGUGGGUCUCGGAUGUUUCGACGAUCAAGGACAACUCUUGGCUGGCCGACUCCUUCUCGUCGCUGCUCACUCCGACGGAGGAGAUCAUUCCAGCGGAUGAGUUCAACGAGAGGUUCGCGGAAUGGAUCCAGGGGCAGGGGGUCACAAGCGCCAACAACUUCUACUGCGCCGAAGGGACCGACGGCCCCCGCGUGGAUUGUGCGGAGUUCGACCCGGAUACAACCGUGAUCAAGGCCAGCCAGCAGCUCCUCUACGUGCACGACCAGACGACAAGGGAGAAUAACGUGAAGAUGUUCAGAGACAUGAGGGAAGCGGUGGACAGCGUUGAUCCAGACAGGGACACCUUUGCCUACAGUGACACGUUCGCUCUGCAGUCGCAGUACCUCUACUCGUGGCAGAUGCUCUUCUGGGUGGUGGGCGGUGGGGCGGUGAUGGUCGCCGUUAUCAUCGCCGUGCUGCAGGGGAGCCUUACGAUCAGCCUCCUCAUGGCCGGUACCAUCAUCAUGGUGGUGCUUCAGGUUUUCGGGUUCCUGACGCUUCUGGAUGUGGGCUUGAACGGCUUCACCAUCGUAAACCUUUGCGUCAUGGUGGGUCUCGUGGUGGAGUUCACGGCGCACAUCGGAAGGGGCUUCCUGUUCACGGCCGGCGACAACCGCGACGACCGCGUGGCGCAGACGCUGACGGAGCUGCUGUGGCCGACCUUUGCAGGAGCUUGCACCACCUUCUUCGCGGUCCUUCCGCUCACCUUCAGCAAGAUUUCCUUCUUCCACUCCUAUUAUUUCCAGACGUUCGCUAUCAUGACUGCGCUGGGAUUCUUCGCCGGAGUGUGCUUCUUGCCGGUCAUGUUCUCCAUCCUUGGCCCUUCCAGCCAGAGCAUCCAGAAGGUGGUGAACGAAGACGGCAAGGGGUUCUCCGGCGACAUCAACGCCGGUGGCGGCGAAGUGAAGGCGGGCUGA